UGGGUGAAAUUGAAAUGUCAGUUUUUUGGCCUGAAGAAAAACAUUGAUCGGUGGUGGAAAAUUUGUUAUCGCGGCAAAUCCCGCUUAGAUUAUGUAAAAAUUUGUGGUAGUUCUCCAAGAAAAAGUCAUCAGCAGCAUCUCGAAAAGGUGAUUUGGGAAAAUGGUGAAGUAUUUCGAGGAUAAAACCACAUUCAACUUUAACUGGGAGCAAGUGGCUCAGGCAUUCUGGCUCAAGUACCCAAAUCCCCACAGUAAUCACGUGUUGACCGAGGAUACCAUCCAGCGGGAGGUGCGGGAUGGGAAAUUGUACAGCAAGAGACUCCUGUCCAAGACCAAUCGAGUACCCAAAUGGGGCGAGAGAUUCUACAAUGCCAAAUCGGUGAAGAUUGUGGAGGAAUCUGUGUGUGAUCCACGGGAACGGACACUGGUCACCUACACACGCAACAUUGCAUUUACCAAGAUAAUGAGUGUGACAGAGAAAGUAGUGUACGUGACCUCGAAGGAGAAUCCCGCCAAGACAGUAGCUCAUCGAUCAGCCUGGAUUGAUUCUCAGGUAUUUGGCUUUUCGAGAGCCAUUUCCGCCUUUGGACUGGACCGCUUCAAGAAGAACUGCUCCAAAAUGGUGACAGGCUUCGACUGGGUGCUCCACACUAUGUUCCCAAACCCCAAUUCCGCCCAUCAGGAUUUCCACAGCCUGCACUCCACCACAAAAACCCAGAAGAUCAAAGAAGCCGCCCGGACAGCUUCGGAUCACGUCAAAGCUCAGGCUGAGCACAUCUACCAAGCGUACUCGGUGAAAAACUGAGAAAAUACCGAGGAAGCAGCUCCUCCGGAAGUCACAUUCAUUCCAACAGACACCAAUUUUAACUCCCCGUAAUUGCCUGCAGAUGCUGCAAAUGUGCCCCUUCCGGACAUCCGCCAUCCACCUCUUUCUAUUUCCUUCCCACAUUUCUGAGGUUAAAGGACUUCAGCUAACUCUUGUACAUUAAGAAAAGUUUUCUCUCUUCAGGGUUCUUCUGGGGUUGGGAUAGUUGUGUAGACAAAUAAAAAUGCUUUAAAAUUGUUCAAAGUGAAAAAUAAACCAGGUUUAUUGCGCUUUCCAACUCAGAAAAAAAUGGUUUUUGCUGG